GCUUCAUCUUCGAAAACAACACCCGUCAACUUGUCAGUGUACUGUUGUCAUUGCAAAAUAAAUAUCAAAACAUUGAUUUUUCGCAGACUUAUUUGGCCAAUAUGAAGCGACAGUCAAGGAAUGUUCUGUUCGAUCGAUUGCACCGUGGCGUCGUGUAUACCUGCAUGGGACUCACGUUGUACGGCUCUUACUUGCUCGGAGUACGUGUUUACCGGUAUUUCACCGUGAUAAAACCAGUACGGCAAGCGGAAGAGCUUAAAAUGCUGGAAGCUGGAGCAGCUAAACAAGCACCAUCCUUGGACACAGCACCUACACUCUCUUCGUAGUUCUAUUGCCGCAAGGAAGAAGAUAUAAUGAAAGUCGUCGCUUCACUAUGUUUGAUAGAUGUAUAGCCAUAGCAUUUGUUUUCCUUCAAUAAAUUAUAUAAUUAAUCAAA